AUGAACAAAGAAAUGAGCCUUCCUGGGUCAUCAAUACCAUCCGCAACCUAUAGUAUUGUUGCAAAAGAUACACCCCCAAAGAAAGGAUGGCGAAUGAUUCUAGGACGUGCAGUAGAUUGGUUGGCAUAUAAAGAUAAGAGCGAAUGGUUGAACAAUAUGAGAGGGAACAUAAGUAUGGCGGCUUCCAUAAUCGCAACUAUGACAUUUCAACUUGCUACUAACCCACCAGGUGGCGUGGUGCAGGUAAGUCAGUAUGUAGAUGUCGUAGAAGUUUGUCGUAAUAUUUCCUCAAAUCCGGCACCAAUUCCAUGCCCUGGGGAAUCUGUCUUAGCUGCUAUUUAUCCAGAACAGUAUGUCAGGUUCUUGGCAAGCAAUACCAUAUGUUUCGUUGCAUCUUUGAGUGUUUGUCUAUUGCUUGUAAGUGGACUCCCUCUAAGUCAUCGAUUUCCCACUUGGCUCUUAUUAAUAGGUAUGUGCAUCACUGUCACAAGCCUCGCUCUUACCUACUUGUAUGGCAUAAUAUUGGUCACCCCAACAAUUGCUCCCGUUUGGGAUACAGCUAAAAAAAUGUUUGAAAAGGUUCUCUGGACUUGGAUUGGCUUGUUAGUAAUCGUCAGUUUUCUCCACAUGAUACGCCUAUUUGUUUGGUGCGCGGAGAAAUGCAUCAAGAAACGUAAUCGCCAGCAAAAAUGA